UACUGCGAGCGAAGGAAACCUUUGUUGAUCACAAGACUCCUUAAGCUGCAAGAUAAUUCAUUUCGCAAAGUGAUUUUGAAAGACAGAGCAGUAGAUAAUCCGCUAAAGAAGGGAGUCCCAAGUCCAAGACAUUCAAAACGUAGCUACCGACAUAUUACGAUUCCUCAAGAUCAAACGUGAGAUCGUACUGCGAGUGAAUUUCCUGAAAGAUAAACGAAAAUGUUGCUGGUCAUUUCCAUUUUUGUAUUUGAACUACUGGAUGUAACUUUGUCGGCCCAGAAAGGGGAAAGGUUGACAAAUGUUCUCUGUCAAACGCACGAGACCGUUAUUCCCGUAGAUUCAACUGAUCAUGGCUUUUACCCUUUCUAUGUGAAGCUUCAUCGCUGUGCUGGCUCAGUGGGCACAGUGUCUCCCAAAGUGCAACAUUGUGUGGCACAAAGUUACGAGGAAAUAAACGUCCCAGUGUAUUCGCGUGCAGCAAACUUUCGCCGGACGACCGUCACCAUGAAAAAUCACACCAGCUGCGCUCCUGAAUGUGUAGCCAGUCCGCUUGACUGCGAUUUGGCAGUACAGGACUGGGACGAUAAUUUAUGCGCAUGCAAAUGCAAGUAUCCUGACGGACCACCUAAGGAACUCACUUGCAAAGAAGGAUUUAGGUGGAACAAAUAUAAAUGCGCAUGCGAAUGUGACCGAGCACCUGAGCACUGUUCCAUCAGAAUGACUUGGAGCAAAGACAUCUGCGGUUGCAAAUGUGAGAGCAGUGCAGUAAAUGACUGCAUACAAAUGGAAUUGGGAAUUGACGUUGAUUGCCAGUGCGUGGAUGUGAAGGCGUUCCGCAGACAUAAAGCAGUUUACUCUCGAAACCGGAUGUUUAUAACACUUCUGAUAGGUCAAGCAGUCAUCAUCAUACUCCUCAUUUGUGCUCUGGUACACUGGGUACGAAAGAGAAACCGAAACAGCUCGGCCAACGCUCCGCUCGACGGAUCAGACCCAGGAAAGACGAAUGAUGAAGUUGCUUCUCAAUACCUAAAGGUGGCUGCUAAUUCUUCCGAGUCCUUAGAAGGUGCGAAGGAUUCAAGUGACGACGAUAGCUGCACUGCUCCUUUGUCCCCCAAAGUACGAGUUACAAACAUCUAAAACCAUACCUCAGGGAUACCAGUAUCUCAGCGACGAUAUGCCACAGAAGAAACAAAAGAGAAACAUCCACAGAAAGACAAGGUGAAGUAUAAUGGGGACGAUAUGCCACAGAAGAAACAAAAGAGAAACAUCCACAUAAAGACAAGAUGAAGUGUAAUGACCCAUUCGACCCUAAUAUAACAAUAAAACUAUAGGAUGUGCUCAGUAGUUAAUCUCGAUUUCGAGAUUAAAAUCUUUUAUGAUAAAUAGUGAGCUGAUAUGCUCUCCUCACCUUAUUUGCGCAGGUACAGAGCUGAACUUAUAUGUAACUGACCAAAUUUGAAAAAGCCGAACUAUUUCGCUAAGAUCGCUUAGAGGCGAUUUUUUAUAUAUAAAAGUCAAUAACAUGAAGGCAGAUGUUUUUUCCCUGCCUGUCUAUGAAAUGAGGAGUGUACUCUUAAAUAAUAUAUUUCAACAACGAAUACAAUUUAAUCCCCCCAAAUUGGAGGCAGAGAGAGUAGUGUUAAUAACACGUAAUAUUUGCUUGCCUUUGCUCAUUUAUUUGCUAGGAUCUGUCCCUUUCUUGUACCCAAUGUACUCAGUAAAACGUGGUAAGUUAAACCAAUUUUUGAUUAGUAGGGUUCAAGUUGUCACUAGCCUCUAUUUUCAAUGUGCUAAAUUAGACGUCGACAAACAUCAGUUUAAGCAGCUUCUAUGAAGAAGAAAAUUUUAAUCCGCAUUUAACUCUUUAUCCCCUAGCAUCAGUAUCCCUAUUCUCCAUACCAUUCACUAUACAUUUAUCAAGGUGCUGACAAAGAGAAUUUGUUUAAUAAUCAAGAGUUGCUUUAGUUGGUGAUCAUUUCCUCUAUUCUCAUGACCUUAAUGUUUGUUUCAAGGGUGAUAUUGUAAGGAGAAAUUAGAUGCUAAUCACUCUGAGGGUAGAAAGGUCAACAAAGCAGUAAAACAUGUGUAAGCUUUGGCGUGAGUGGGGUUCAUGACCCAAGGAAUCACGUGCACAAGGCUUGCCAAUCAUGGUCAAGCUAGCUCCUUCAACGAUCAUUUUAAAAUUGUUAUAAAGAUAACAUUGUUAGUAUUUUAGCAUCGUAUUUAUUUAAAAAAAAAAUAGUCAGAUCUUUUAGCUAGAGGAGGUAAUUUGGAAAAAUAAUCAUUGUCUAUAUGCGGAACAUAAGAGUAUAGCUAGGGACAUCUAAUAGGAAUCACUGAAAGUAGCACAACGCAAUGUCGCACCCACUUUCAGACAAUUGUAUCAUGUUUUGGGUUAUGACAUGGUGCUAUAUUGAUUCAAAAGUGCCUCUUAAAAAUGAUUUACCAACUACACGUGAACAAAAGGAAGCUGUAAAUAAUCCCUGACUCUCUGGAAAUGAGAAAUUCAAUAAAUAUGGAAAUU